CUUCACAAUGAGGAUGACCCCCCAGAGUCUUCAGCAGCUGAACAGCCUUCAACGUCCACAGAGACUACGCAGACUCCCCAGACAGCAGCCUUAUCUGAAGCAGAUACUUCCCCUCCACCUUACUGUAGCAUAGCUGUAGAAGCAGCUGCAACCUCAGAAACAAACAAUGAAUUUUAUCCCGUACCACCUCCAUACAGUGUAGCUACCUCUCUUCCCACUUACGAUGAAGCAGAGAAGGCCAAAGCUGCAGCCAUGGCAGCUGCUGCAGCAGAAGUUGCCCAACGACACGCCCAGUUUAGGGAAUCUAGGAGUCUGUUUGAUGAAAUAUUCCUCAGUCGUCCAGAGGAAGAAGAGUAUCCACCACGGGAUGAUUUCAGUGAUGCAGAUCAGCUUAGAGUGGGCAAUGAUGGCAUCUUCAUGUUGGCAUUUUUCAUGGCGUUUAUUUUCAACUGGAUUGGAUUUUGUUUAUCCUUCUGUAUAACAAAUACCAUAGCUGGAAGGUAUGGUGCAAUCUGUGGAUUUGGUCUCUCCCUGAUCAAAUGGAUUCUCAUUGUACGGUUUUCAGAUUAUUUCACUGGAUAUUUCAAUGGGCAAUACUGGCUUUGGUGGAUAUUUCUUGUACUUGGACUCCUCCUGUUCUUUCGAGGCUUUGUUAAUUAUCUCAAAGUCAGAAAUAUGUCUGAAAGCAUGGCAGCUGCUCACAGAACAAGAUUUUUUUUCUUGUACUGAAGACUGCAUCGAACAGACAUUCCUGUCCUAUACUGGUGUGAAACUUCCAGAUGAUCUGUAACCCUCUGAGUUAAUAUGAUAGAAGACUACUAAAACCAGAAGACAAAUUAGUGAAGAUACGGCUUCAAAAAUGAAUGACAGGAUGGUUUAUGCUCAAAUACCAGUUCUGGUCAUUCUAGUAAAUAUUUAUAAUUGCUGCCUUUUGUUUUAGCACAUUUGUAUAUGUGCUUAUUAAAAAGAUAGUAUUGAAGUAAGAACAAACUAUCUGUAAGUAUAGAUUAGGUACAGUCAGACUCAGUUAAUCUGUGCUUGUUUUAUCUGAAAGAUUUAAGUGGUAACUUGUUUCACAGCUUGUAUGUACCACUGGCUUGGUGAUCUGAACUUUAAGUACAAUGAAAUGCAUUAAAUGAUUCAGAUUAACCAGUUCAGACAGUUUUUUAUAUAAUUUAGAUUCAUCUAAUGAUUGUAUAGGACAUUUUUAAGUUUACUAAACCUCAGAGUUCCUUGUUGUCAGAAACUUGUAUUCGCCAAUAUUUUAUCAAAUUCAAACGAAUCUACUGGUUUGCUUAAAACUGAUACACUUUGAGUCCCCUGUAAAUAACUCUGCAUAAAUGACUGUUUGAAUUGCUUCUUAGGAAAUAUGUCAAAAUAUAUUUUGUAACAGCAUAUUCUCUAAAUUUUGUUUAAUCUUAGAGCUAUAUACAUAUUUUUUGUUAAUUGGCUAUUAAGGUAUAGUUACUAUUAGAUGUAAUUUUGGAGGUUUGCAUUCUGGAGUUCAGUAUAAAUACAACACUGAGGGCUUCUCAAAAAAAUCAUACAGCUAUCUUACAAUGCUUGUUUAGAGUAAAUACUUUGUCAUUUCAUAAGAAUAAACUAAUUUAAAUGCAAGGUGAUUUGGGAAAUAAUCUAUGAAGGAAAGAAAAAAAUAAAUCUUACUUUUAAAGCUCCAAAGCAGAAAAUGUGUGUUGCACCUCUCCCAGUAUUCAUUUAAGAUAUACCAUUGCUUUCCUAUAAGGGGUACUGUCUACUGUUCGUGCAUGUGUAGUUUCCUUUAAACUUUGUGAAAUUUAUGCAUCUCCUUAAGUAGGAGAAUACAUCUCUCAGUCCUUUGUACAACUGGAAUCUCAGUUGCAAAAAUACAUUAGUUGUUAAUUGCACCUUUGAGGAAAAAAAUACAAAUAAUUUCCUCCAGUUUUUCUUUUUAUAUUAGAAUUCUGCCUUUUUAUUACUAACAUUAAAACUAGUGAGGUUUAAUUUGUGUUAAGCUAGUGCUGUAUUGAGUUUUGUAUC